CUUAUUUGCCCCAACACUCACUGAAAUGUAAUUUCCCUAGCUUUAGAAAUCGGUGAACUGAGAUAAAUUUCGUGCGUUUUUAGAUCUUCUUCCUUUCCCGCCCUUCCCCCCCCCCUCUCUCUCUCUCUCUCAUCAGGCUUUGGGCUCUGAAGUCUGUCAGAUCGCGGAGAGUCGUUUGUUUGGCAGUUCUUAAAGAUAGCUAUGGAGGGAAUAAGACAACUCCCUAUUCCAGGGUUUCGACAGACAAGUUUGAAGAAGUCAUUUAAGCUGGGUUUACUUCCUUUGUUAACGACAUGUUCAAGAGAGGAAAUCGCAAAAGCAUUUGGGAGGUUUACUGAUGCUGAGCAAGAUGCUCUCCAUCGACUAUUGAUUCAGGUUAUUCCUUCUCUACAUCAAAAUAUUGAGGAUGAGUUCGAGUCACAAUGUCUUGAGACACAGGCAGGUACCGUUCUUGAUACUGUUGAGGAACUUGUGGAAGAACAGAACCUGGACUCUCUGUCCCAGUACUCCGAUAAGACUGAAGUGGCAGAUGCUUGGCAAAAUCUGUCAAUAGCGAAGAGGAAUGAGAUCCACUACUUGACGAGACUAAUAAAAACAGCAGAAGAACAUACACGUGUCACUCGAGCUCGUGUUGAACAAUUAAAGAAAGAAAUGCAAGACUCGGGUGCUGCAGAUGUAAUUGAGAAGGUUUACAUGCUCCUAACAUGGUGUUGGCUGGGUCCAAAAUCAACCUUUCUGAAUCCUCUCCACAGAGAAGUCAAACUCAUUAUUUCCCUAUACCUUCUCGUUCAACUCACCAAGUUUAUAAUUGUGACAACAUUUGAUGCCGUUAAUGGGCUCUGUUUGUGAAUCUCAAGAAUUUGUUAAUGCCGUAUCACAACAUUCAUUCUGUUUUCCUACUCCUGAUUCCGGCCAUGCGUGAGUGUGAUUUUUUCAUCUACCAUUUUGAUUCUGUUAUUUUCCUCUCUGAUUGAUUCCGUUAUUUUCUAUCAAUGUGUUGCCAUUAGUUGCUUGAUUUAUGGAAAAUAUCUCCUAGUGAGAACAAUUAGACAUAUCAUGCUGCUUUGAGUUGUGUGGUGAAAUUCAAACUCAAUCUUCUAGUUUACAAGUGUUUUUCAGCCAAAUGGCUGAUUGAAUUUUUCCAACCUUUGCAGCCAGGCAGCUUACACCGAGGUUGAUACUUGGAACAACAGUUGGGAACUGAGUCUGAUCUAACUGUAUCUGGUGAUGGUGGAAUCCAUUUUUCUUGCCUGAAAACCUCAUUAGUAGACUAAGCUUGUAUUAUCUGCUGUGUGCUGACUAUUCGAUCCUUGUCGGGUCAAAUGAUUCGGUUAGUGAUGUAAUGAUAAAGACAACUGAACUGCUAAUUUCAUUAUACUGUACUGGUUAUCACUUUGUCUUGCUUAAUUAUGAUUCCAGCGACCGUACGGAUAAUUAACACGUAUACUUGUUAUUUAGUCUUUCGUUUGAGUU